AUGGAUGGUCUCUCCGUCGGAAUCAGGCGCUCCGCCUUUGAGAAACUGGCCGCUCUGGCCGUCAACCAACCCGCCCGAGGCAAUGAAUCGGACCUCAUUCGUCUGAACCAGCAAACCCGGCCUGCCCGUCAGGCCGAUGGUAUACUGAAUGGAGUCUUGAAAGACAAAUCCCCCACUUCGCGGGUCCCAAUGGGAAUUCGCGAACUCGACGUCCUUUUGGCUCUUUGCAAAGCUGCCAAUUCCGUGAAAGACCAAGAGAAUGCAACCAAGUUGGUCACUCAGCUGGCUCGCUACCUGCCCGAAGCUCCCAGCCAACUGUUUCGGUCGUCGCCAUUCCUACAAUUUGUCAAGCCAUCGCCAUGGGAAACACUCACCACCAACCUGACCUCAGCACUCCUGUCUCUUGGAACAAGGUUCCCAUCCUUGCGCCAAGCUGUUGUCACUUCAGCGACAGAGUUUCUGAACAAUUGCAGCGAGGCUAUCAACGCGGUGACUCCUUUCCAAUACUCGUCAAGCGAGGCAGGUGGUCGCGGAGUCGUUCAUGAGUCUAUUGCCAUUCUGUCAAUCGCAGUCUCCCUGGUUGGAUUCAUGGAGUCGUCAGUCAAGUAUACCUCUAUUUGGUCCUCUGGGGAAAAGAUUCGAAUCAUCGACCAUCUACGAGUCAUGCUCUCCGAACCAUUUAUGAUUGCGGUCGAGACAGCUUCAUCCACCAUUCGCAAUGCCGGUAUGGCCGAGAAUACGUUCAAGGACUGGAGAAAGUACACGCGUCGCUACGCAGUCCAAGGUCGGCCCCUAGGUGCCAUGCUCGUACAGCAGGGCUUUAUGCGCUUUGUGAAGUCAUCCGCUGCAUCCUUGAUCGAGUCCCAAAACUUGUCCGAUGACCAACUUCUGAACGAGUAUAUGGCAGGAAUGAGUAUCGCAAAGGGCUAUGACGAGGCUGACACUGCUCUGGUCGAGCGUAUCACCGAUAUCAUCAGCGAGGAGAUUAAUCUGCUUGCGGAUGGCUCUGACUAUUUACAAGUCGGUUCUCCCUCUCAGCAGCGGUUGGCCUUUUCCGUGAAGGGAGAUGCGCUAGUCGGAUUCCUGAAUUGCGUCGUUCUGGGAGAGGAUGCUACAAACAACGAUGUUCUUCUCUCAUGGCUUGAGGACACUCUGGCUGAUGCUCAGCAAAUGGCAUCUGACAGUCUGGCAAUCAUUUCUUUGAAAUGCACGGCUAUCCUCGCUAGAAUGUCCUCGAGUGGCGCCACGAUCGGGAGACGUUGCUUGUUGAAGUUUUUGACUCAAGGAGGAACUCCUACCGGCCCAAUUGUUGCCGUUGCUGCUAAAUGCCUUGCUCAAGUCCUCAGCAUUCUGUCUGAAGAUGCCGUGAUCACUACCCUGUACUCUCUGGGGAAUGCACUGAGCCCCAGUGCAAAUGGUGAUUUUUCUGCCCAGGAUCAGUUCCUCGGAGACCCCGUUGGCAAUACAAACAACCUUGGCGCAUACAGAAACGGCAGCCAAAUAUCUUUCUCUGCCUCUGGAGAGGAGGAUCUCCUCAUUUUCAGGAAUGUUAUUCACGCGAUUGUGGCCAUUGCUACUAGCUGCAAUGAUGACAAAAUCACUGCUCUGGCACAGUCCAUGUUGCUUCAGAAGGUCGGCAAACUCGGCGUCUCAGUAGAUGCGUACAUCAUUCAAGAAACUGCCGUCCUCGCUUUGAGCAGCGGGUCGGCCGAGUUCCAGCUGUUGCUGAAGUUCUAUAAUCGCAUUUAUCUUGAUGGGGUCCACAAGAGUUUGACUGUGAUUUCCGAAGCAGUCAAAUCUGCAAUGUCACACUUGGCGGUGAUCUUGGACCGACAGUCCCCUCUCCAUCGAAUGUAUCUGAUUCAUCUAUUGGAGAGCAUUGUCAACAAGGGUGAUGUGCCGGAUCUCGAGACAGAGCGCCAUAGGGAAGUCGUCUUUGCCGCUAGCGAUAUCACCCCUCUCUUGAAACCACUGGCACUUUUGAUCUCUGCUUCAAAGACACCAGAAAUGUCUCAGUCUCUGCUUGAAUAUGAUGAUAUUAUCAUGUCCUUGUUCCGGGAUGCCUGGUUUAAUAUUGCCGUCCACGGAAUAUCCCUCAACUCAGCUGUUGCGCAGCAGCAUAUGAAGGAGCUUCGUUUGCUUGCGAGUCACUCGCCGCCACUCAUUGCCGAAGAACGCAUGGAGUCUCUCGAGAGCGAUGUAGAACUUAAUACUGUUCUCAGACGAGGCUCCGGGCCGCAGCGAGUUUUGGACCAGAAGAGAACUCUAAUUGCAGAGCUUGCAGGUCGCGAAUCUGAUAUCAAACGGCUGGAUUACCCAAGAUCAGUGUUCCUUAAUGCUGUUCUUCUGAUUGAAAGUCUCCGCGCAUCGGCGGGUGACUGUACCAAGAUUCUCAAUUACUUCCGCGACCCAUCCCUUGCAACCCCAGAAAUGGUUGUCUGCAUGAGCGCUGUCGCCGACAAAACUGUCUCCUGCUAUCUAUCGCGAACUAUUUCUGGAGAAUACGAUGAAUUCUCGGCACCUUUCUUGUCUAAACAGCUGGCAGAUUUUCUGGUAGCUUGCUGCCACCGCAUUGAAAGAGUUCAAAGUAUCGCCACGCAAUGUGUUGAAAAGAUCAUCCGCGAAUGUCCUUCGGCUCUGUGCGAAAAGCAUUCUCUUUUUGCUCUCCUGGAGAUUCUGACUGUUAUGUGGUUAUCCUGUCUCCAGGGAGAGCUGGAUGAAUUUGAGUGGAAACCAUCUCUGGUUUCCCCGAUGGGUAUUGUCCGGGUUGACCUGCCCGAUAACUAUGCCUUUAGGAAGGUUACCCUGGAUCGAUUCCUCGGACAUGCUAAGGCAUGGGUCACGGCGGUGUUGAACAUUGCUCCUCUCGACAUCAAGGGGCUCCUUCAGACCUAUCUCUCUGAAUACGAUGAUGAUGGGGGCUAUGGUCACAUCUCUAUGGGCCGGUCUUUCGCAUUGGAAAUGGGCUCACUGAUUCCACAGAGCGACCCCCGACUAGGCUCCCUGGAUAGUCACGACAGCAGUGAUGUCAACCUGGCUUCCGAUUUCAUGGCACUUUACACCACUCGUCAAAAGUAUCGCCGCCCUGACAUGCGUUUGCUCCAUGGACCCAACAACGACAUAUUCGGAACUAGUGGCCAUCCACCUGAAGCUGAAAUGUCUCCCGAGGCCGCUGAUCGCUUGGAGGCUACUCUUUCCCAUAUCUAUGGACGCAGUGUUAAUGGCGAAGAUAUACCGCUUGUUGAGGUCCGGGACUUGCUUAGACAAGCCGCCGGCCUCAUUUGUAGCAGCAGCAAGCCUCGGCUGUCGGUUGUUCACUACCUUGUUGCUCUGCCCUUCCGAAUCUUCACCAAGGAGACGAUCAAGCUGGGAGUGUCUCUCUGGCUGGGAGUGAUUCAUGAAAAUCCUAGCAUUGAACCCCGAAUUCUCUCAGAGGUUGUUGAGGCCUGGGAAAGAAGCGUUCAGUGCCGACAGGGGCUGUUUGACCCGUCCUUUGAAUGCAUUGAUCCAAUGCAUGCGCAGAUCGAGCUUCUUCCAACUGACAAGGCCCUGAUGCUUAAACAGCAGCAGGACGCGCAGAAUGCUUUAUCACCCCACAUGCGUGUUCUCCAGUUCUUCGAGAGCCAUUUCAAUGCUGUGCGUCUCGGAAGCUUGCAGGAUCAACAACUGUUCUGUCGACUGGUUAGCAGCACGGUCGUGGCUCUCGCGAAUACCCAAAGCCAUCCCCUGGCAAGAGAAAUUCAUUUCCGUAUAAUCGUGUUCGGAUUGAAGGUCUUGCAGAACCUAAGCCCACGAAAUGGCCCAGCGACUUGGAAGCUUAAGGAUCAAAUCCUUUCAGCCGCCCUCAGUUGGUUCAAACAUACGCCGAGAUGGUCUUUUGGCGGCAACCGUCUGCAAAUUAAGGCGGAGGAUAAGGUUUUCGCUGAUACCUUGUCCAUGCUUCGAAGCGUUUCGGAUAUUGCCUCUCAGUCCCAAAGAUCCUACAAGUCCUUGCAAGCCAAGCAGGAUCUGUUGCAAAUUCUUAUUGAACACGAGAGAUCCCGCCUCCGAGUUUGGCUCUUCCCUCUGGAGCCAGAGCGCAAGCACCAUAUGCCCUCGAUCGGAGGGAAGAAUGCUGCAGAGGGUGCCGCAUCUUUCCUACGACUUGCGUGGGCUGAGAGUCCCGGCCUGGCUAUUCAACUUGCUGCCCGGUUCCCGUCGCCGAAGAUGCAGCAAGAUGUUCGAUGGCUUAUCAUGAACUUCCCCGAAAAGGCCAUCACUGAAGCCAGUGCCCUCGAAAUCAUGUUCGACUCCUCUUUGCCAUCUGAUGUCAAUUUCCAACUCAAGUAUUUGCUGUAUUGGGCGCCUGUCAAUCCCACCGAAGCCUUGACAUACUUCUUGCCUGCUUAUGGGAACCAUCCAUUCAUUCUGCAAUACGCGAUGCGCGCCCUAGAAAGCCACUCCAUGGAUGUUCGGUUCUAUUUCGUCCCUCAAUUAGUCCAGGCCCUGCGAUACGAUGCUCUGGGAUACGUUGAGCGUUAUAUCCUCGAAACUGCGAAGCUAUCACAGCUGUUCGCGCAUCAGGUGAUUUGGAACAUGAAGGCAAACUCCUACAAGGACGAGGAUUCCCAAAUUCCGGAUCCUCUCAAGCCGACACUCGACCGCUUCCUGGAUAACUUGAUCGCGAGCUUCUCUGUCGAGGAGCGCAUUUUCUACGAACGAGAAUUCUCCUUCUUCAGUGAGGUUACCGGCGUCUCUGGCAAGCUUCGUCCUUACAUCAAGAGAAGCAAGCCCGAGAAAAAGGAGAAGAUUGAGGAAGAGCUGCGCAAGAUCAAGGUCGAAGUCGGAGUCUAUCUCCCCAGUAACCCCGACGGCGUGGUUGUUGGAAUCGAUCGGAAAUCCGGCAAGCCGCUUCAAAGUCACGCAAAGGCGCCUUACAUGGCUACUUUCCGUAUCCAAAAGACUCGACCCCGUCUAGAGGCCAAGGCCGCUGCCCUGGUCCACGAGGCCAACCACCAGCGCCAGGUAUCGGUGCGCGCGAAGGAAGCUGAGCAAGAGACAUAUGAAAUCUGGCAGUCGGCCAUCUUCAAGGUCGGCGAUGACUGCCGCCAAGAUAUGCUUGCCUUGCAGAUGAUCGCAGCUUUCCGCAGCAUCUUCUCCAGCGUUGGUCUCGACGUCUGGGUCUUCCCGUACCGAGUCACAUCCACCGCGCCUGGAUGUGGUGUGAUUGACGUGCUACCCAAUUCAAUUUCCCGCGACAUGUUGGGCCGCGAGGCAGUCAAUGGUCUUUACGAUUACUUCGUGUCCAAAUACGGCGGCGAAGACUCAAUUCGUUUCCAAGAAGCACGCACCAACUUCGUCAAGAGUAUGGCCGCAUACUCUGUAAUCUCAUACCUGCUCCAAUUCAAAGAUCGACACAACGGCAACAUCAUGGUCGACGACGCAGGACACAUCAUCCACAUCGAUUUCGGCUUCUGUUUCGACAUCGCACCCGGUGGCGUCCGAUUCGAGCGCGCUCCUUUCAAAUUGACCUCCGAGAUGGUGGCCGUCAUGAGCGGCACCCACAAUCCCGCGCAUCAUCCUAGCGGAACUUCGGGUAUCAGCUUGCCGGGACAUAACUCGCACAACCCGACCAAUACACAGCCCUACCGCUGGUUCGAGUCUCUGGUCGUCAAGGCAUUCCUGGCCUCGCGUCCCUACUGUACUAAACUGGCCCAUAUCGUGUCUUUGAUGCUUGAUAGUGGUCUGCCUUGCUUCAAGCCUGAGACACUGAGUAAUUUCCGUGCUCGAUUUGUUCUUGAGAAGAAUGAGCGCGAUGCUGCGGAGUACAUGCGGGAUCUUGUUCGCAAGUCUUACAUGAGCGUUUCUACUAAGGGAUACGAUCAGUUCCAGCUCAUGACUAACGGUAUUCCCUACUAA